AUGGCCAAGAAGGAGAAGCAACCGGCCGCGGCCAAGAACAAGGCCUCGGCCGCCAAGGUUGUGGAGGACCGUACCUUUGGCAUGAAGAAUAAAAAGGGCGCCUCGGCGCAAAAACAAAUUGCGCAGAUGACGAGCAAUCUCAAAGGCAGCGGCUCGGCCGAACAGAAGAAGAAGGAAGCCGAAAAGGCACAGCGCGAGCGCGAGAAGAAGGCCGCCGAGGAUGCCAAGAAGGAAGCCGCUCUGCUUCUCGGCCGCCCCGCGCAGGUGCAAAAGAUUCCGUUUGGUGUCGACCCCAAAACGGUGGUCUGCAUCUUUUGGAAAAAGGGCGACUGUGAAAAGGGAAAGAAAUGCAAGUUUGCGCACGAUCUGUCGGUGGAGCGCAAGACGGAAAAGAGAAACUUGUACACGGACGAGCGAAAAGACGAGGAGGAAAAGAAGAAGCAGGAGACAUCGGCGGACUGGGACGAGGAGAAGCUACGCUCCGUCGUUCUGUCUAAAAAGGGCAAUCAAAAGAGUACUACAGACAAAGUGUGCAAGUUCUUUGUCUCUGCUAUCGAAGACGGCAAAUAUGGUUGGUUCUGGAUUUGCCCCAACGGUGGCGAUAAAUGCAUGUACAAGCAUGCUCUACCACCUGGCUUCGUCCUUAAGACCAAGGAACAGCGAGCCGCCGAGAAGGCCUUGCUGGACAAGUCCCCGUUGAAGACCCUCACCCUCGAAGACUUUCUCGAGUCUGAACGCCACAAGCUCACCGGCACCCUCACACCCGUCACACCGGAAACCUUUGCCAAGUGGAAACAGGAUCGGAUGGAUAAAAAGGCCGCCGAGGAGCAGCUUCGCAAGGCCAAGGACAAUACCGGCAGAGCCCUCUUCGAGAGUGGCAAGUGGACCGGCGAGGACGAGUCCGAGGACGAAGACGACGAUAUUUUCAAUCUGCAAAAGCUCCGCCGCGAGACGGAGGCCAUCCAGUCGAGAAGGGAGGAGGAGCGUUUGGCCCAGCAACACGGGUACGAGCUGCCCCCCGUGGCGGGCCAAGCCAGCGAGGAUGUCGCGGGUGAGGACGCUGUCGAGGACGCUGCCGAGGGCGCGGCCGAGGCGACGAAUGGUGAGGCGGCUGCGUCAUGA